AUGUGGUCAAAACAGCCUCUGAACUCGGAGCUGCCCAUGUUGGCGCUCGGAAUGCCGUUUCAGGUGCUAAGCCGCUGGAAAAUCGGACCCGACGAUUUCACGAUGGCGGUUCCGAUCGCGAUGGCCGUUCCACAUUCUCAAGCCGAGAUACCACCGUCGUCUGAAACUCUGCGCGACAUCGCCAACCAGGCCGAGAAGGACCUGAACACGUAUGAAGCCAAGACCGGAGUGCAUGAGACUUCCCCGAAUGACGAAUCUGGUGUCGAUACGAGAGUUGACCAGAAGUUCCCCGACGCUGAGCUUCGAUACGACAAGGAUUCCAAGGCACAUGCGAGCUCGCCCAGCAGGGUCGUGCGUCCGGAGGAAUCGACAAGUUCGACGCCGCCGGCGCCCGGGAGUGUGAUAUUGGGUCCACGAACGCCACUGGCACGACCGUGGGAAGACGGCCGUAACUACAAAGACGUAAUCAUGUCCGAGAGCAGGGAGGUCGUGCGCGCCAGCAUGGAAGAUGCCCAGCACAAUGCGCGCAGGGACCAUGUCAAGGCCGCCGGCUACUACGCUCCUGAGAGCGCCCUCCCCGGAAGCAUAUCCGCCGAGGGCUACGAGCCUCCGGAGAGCGUCAUCGAGAGCUCGCGCGGAAACCGAGAGAUAAGGACAGGUAUCCGCGCUCGGAUCAGGCGUAAGGAUGCAUCAUAA